ACUUGUCUUCGGUCUCCAGGAGGUAGGUAGUAUUUUGUGUCAGAAGAUCUCUCAGAAGACGGUGUAGUAAAAGGGCUCCCUCUGACGUCCAUGUUCAUAUUGUACCAGUGGUACGAACACUUUUUUCUAAAAGACAUAAAAAUUUUUUUUAUUUUUUAUUUGUUGUUAUCAAGGAGGUUAUAUCACCUCCUUGUUGUUAUCUUAUUGCGAAUUGUCAUAAUGAACGCAAAAGCGGCGGCGCAGAGCCACACUGAUCCUUUCCGCUAUUCUGCAAGCUAUUUUGGGUCGCGGAGAUAUUAGUAGUUGUCAGGUCUUUAGCGGCUCGCUCCCUUCAGUGAGGGGCCGGUAAAAAAACUGACCCAACCUCUGCUUGGAGAAUACCGUUUCGCCGCCAUGUUCUGUUCAUGACGUCACCAUCCGGGAACUUCGGGUCAUAGUUCGAAUUCGAGCCUCACGCGGGAAAAGUGAAAGUGUUUAGCUGUCAGUGAAUAUUUUUGGUGUCUUUUAUCCCUGUAAAAGCUCGUUAUGGCCGCCAACUGGAGCUCUGACUGGUCAGAUGAGGAAACGGUACUCCUGAUAUCUAUCUGGGGGGAUCAGAAGAUCCAGGAGAAACUCGAUAGAUUUUGUAGAAAACAAGAAGUCGUUUUCAGAGAAAUUUCCAAGGCCAUGAGGGAGGGCGGCUUCGACAAGACAGCCGCCCAGUGCCAAUCGAAGACCGAGGCGCUGCGUACGAAUUAUCACGACGUGCUGGACCACAACCACAUGAGCCGCGGGAGAGACUGCAUCACCAUGCCGUUCUUCAGCGAACUGGAUGAGUUCCUCCGCCAUCGCCCGACUUCCAGGCCUAGACUCGUAAUAGAGAGUAUGGUGCUAACCGAAGACGAGUCGGAUUCAGAAGACAGCGACGACAACACCAACUCAAGCUCUGACUGGUCAGAUGAGGAAACGGCACUCCUGAUAUCUAUCUGGGGGGAUCAGGAGAUCCAGAAGAAACUCAUCCCGAAGAAACUCGAUAAAGUUAAUGGAAAACAGAAAGUUUUCGAAGAAAUUUCCAAGGCCAUGGGGGAGGGCGGCUUCGACAAGACAGCCGCCCAGUGCCGAUGGAAGACCAAGGCGCUGCGGUGGAAGUAUAACGACGUGCUGGACCACAACCAGUUGAACGGGAGAAAUAAGUGGAUCACCAUGCCUUUCUUUAGCGAACUGGAUCAGUUCCUCCGCUAUCUCCCGAUCAGACGUAGACCGAGUUCUGCCGAAUACGACUCAGAUUCAGGAGACAGCGACGACAACACUUCUCUCGACUGCAGCGAUCUGAGUGGAAGCGAAAAUGAUGGAGAUCAAUCAGACUCGGACUCAGAUGACAGCCAGUCGUCAAGGUCAUCAACAUCAUCUUCUGGAUCCAAUGUUGGUGAUAACAACGCACCACAGGCAAAAAGAGGCAAGUUUUCAUCUGCUUUGCGACGCCGAGGUGGCAAUGGAACCCGUCAAAAGAGGAACAAGAUGAAAGCGGCCCUGGAGGCUUUUGCCAAGGGUCUUCAAUCCUCCUACAGCAAGUCCAUUGAGGAAGACUUUAAGUUUCAGCUAGAACUGCAAAAGAAACAGUUUGAACAUGAGGUGAACAUGUGGAAAAAAAUCCUGCAGACCUUUGCAAGUUUUCUGAGACCACUAGCAUGGCACCAGCCCCAGGGUCCUGCACCAGUACAGCUGCAAGGAGCAUGGGGGAGUGCUGGUCAGCAGCAGCCUUACAGUGGGGGUGGUGCUGGUCCGGUUCCCCCACGGGGCCAGGUGCAGCGCUACAUUGGGGGGUUGGGUGGACCCAGUCCGGUCCCCCCACAGGGGCAGGUGCAGCCCUAUAGUGGUGGGUGUCCGGUCACCCCACAGGGUCAGCAGCAGCCUUACCGUGGGGGGUGGGGUGGUGCCGGUCCAGUCCCUCCACAGGGGCAGGUGCAGCGCUACAGUGGGGGGUGGGGUGGUGCCAGUCUGGUUUCCCAACAGGGGCAGGUGCAGCCCUAUAGUGGUGGUCCGGUCUCCCCACAGGGGCAGAUGCAGUGGGGAGGUGCGGCCCUAUGGCAGGAUGUGGGGUGGUGCUGGUCCCACACCCCUCCAGCAGGGGCCAGUAGAUGGAACUGGUGUGAAUUGGCAGAUGACAUGUUAAUAGUAGUAGAAUGUUGA